UGAUUGGCGCCGCUACAUAAGGCGAGAUGGUCACACUGUUCAGAUUUAUUUACGAAUUGCGCACAAAUAAACUUCUUAAAGUUAUGUGGUUCCAAGAUAAACCAAGAAUCCGUCUAAUCCCGUUGCCAAAUCCGCCGGAGGAUGUGCGAUUUUCCUUUCUAAACACCAAGUUUGGUCGGAUGAUAAUGGGAACGGUUCAAGCUAAAAAGGAAGUCGCAAUUUGUUUCCUGUAUUUUGUGGUGAAAUCCGAUGAUGAGACUCAGGAUGAAGUACAGAAGCGAUGGCCCAAGUCACAACUUCGCAGGGACGAUGAUGCCAACCAGGAGCUGACCGAUAAACUAUUUGGAGGAGAAAAGGAGAACGUAAACGAGAUUCCAAUCGCUGUUCUAGGCACCGAUUUCCAGAAAGAUGUGUGGACAGCUCUUAUUGAUUUAAAGAGCGGCCAAUCUUGCACUUAUUCCCAACUGGCGGAAAGGAUGGAUCGUCCAAAGGCGGUACGAGCAGUGGCUAGUGCCGUGGCCAAAAAUGAAGUAGCUAUCCUCAUUCCUUGCCACCGAAUUGUAUCUCAAAACGGAUGCAGCAAGUACCAUUGGGGUGGUGCUCUCAAACAGCAGCUUCUUGAUUACGAAAAGUCCAUCAAAUAAAAAUUGUUUUUCUUUAUUGAAA